UGAUUAAAUAUCUUAAACUUAACUUCUUCAAUACCUCUCUCAUAAUAUGACUAUGAUGGGAAACAAAUCACUAAGCAUAUGUAUGGCAACACUUGCCAUAGCCUUUUUUAUUAUGAUCAUGGUUCCAAAAAAUGUUAGUGCUCAAAAUUGUGGGUGUGCUGAAGGAGUGUGUUGCAGCCAAUACGGGUAUUGUGGUAAUGGUGAUGCAUAUUGUGGCACAGGGUGCAAACAAGGUCCUUGUUAUGCAGGCCAAACACCACCAAGUUUGCCUAACAAUGAUGCUAAUGUGGCUGACAUCCUUACACAAGAUUUCUUCAAUCGUAUAAUUGAUCAAGCUGAUUCUAGUUGUGCAGGAAAGAACUUCUACACAAGAGCUGCUUUUCUCGAUGCCCUCAAUUCUUAUAAUCAGUUUGGUAGGUCUGGAUCUUUGGAUGACUCCAAACGUGAGGUUGCUGCUGCUUUUGCUCAUUUCACACAUGAAACUGGACAUUUUUGCUAUACUGAAGAGAUUGAUGGUCCAUCAAAGGACUACUGUGAUGAAGGCAACACAGAGUGGCCAUGUGCCCCUAACAAAGGUUACUAUGGUCGUGGACCGAUUCAACUAUCUUGGAACUACAACUAUGGACCAGCUGGAAGAGACAAUGGUUUUGAUGGAUUGAACUCACCUGAAACAGUGGCCAAUGAUCCUACAGUGUCCUUCAAGACAGCAUUAUGGUAUUGGAUGAAUAACGUGCACGGUGUCAUCAACCAAGGUUUUGGUGCAACCAUUAGAGCCAUUAAUGGUCGACUUGAAUGUGAUGGUGCUAACCCAUCCACAGUUCAGACUCGUGUUGGUUACUACACUCAAUAUUGUAGUGAGUUGGGUGUUGCUCCUGGUGAUAACCUUACUUGCUAAGCUAGCUAGCCAUACAAUAUAUACUUAGUAUAUAUAUUUGAAUAAAUGAUAUCAUAAUGUUGGACUCAUGAAAAUGAUAUCAUAAUACAUGUAUACACACAAUUCUUUAUAGGAAAAAUAAUGUAUACACAAUUCAAUAUAAGCCAUACUCAAUCACACCAACUUAAUGAUUA